GGUGGAGCGGACAAUGUGAGCGGCGGCGCGGGCCUUCCGGCGGCGGCCGCCUGCCCGCCUCUCCUCCGACGAGGGGCGGCCGGGGAGGCCAUGUGGACGGAGGCUGGCCACGGCCGCAGCUUCACGGUGGCCCUCAGCGGCUCGGGCAAAUUGCAGAAAGCACCCUGCUCGUCGCUCGCAACGAUACACACACCCUUGGCCCCACCCUGGCAGCGAGUCGUCGCCUUUUCCCCCAAGCGAAACGGCGCUACCCCACCGGUGGGUUUAGUAGGGUUUGGACUCGCUGCUCGCCUCGGCUCGGUUCCCAUGGAGGCGGCGGAAGAUGCAGGCGACGCCGGCGGCGGCCGCUCCACCGCCCGGAAGCUGGUGCCGUGGUCGAGCUGGGCGGAGUGGCGCUUCGUCCGCGACGCCAUCUUCUCCCCCUACCCCGACCCUGGCGCCGCUCUUCGCAGGAUCGCCGCGUGGCGGAGCAGGGGCUGCCUCCCGAUCCCCGUGGAGGUCACUGCGGCCCUCUUCGAGAUAAGGCUGCGGGAUCCCUUCUUCCGGAAUGGAGUGGCUUCGGAUGAUAAGCUGGAGUCGGACGAGAUGCUCGCCUUGCUGUACAGUAUGGCAAUCAUCAGGCUUGUAAAUGGUUUUAUGGAGAGCCCGCACAAGGAAACUGGUCGUUCAAUAUCUGAUUUAGCUGAGACUGUUGGAGUACCACGAAUUCUCGUUGACAUUCGUCAUGAGAGUUCACAUCGCGGCAUCCCCUCUCUGCGACUGCUACGUUUGGCAGCCAUUAAAGCAUUUGAUUGGUUGAAGUGUAAUUACUGGGAUUCCCAGACUAGUGCAAUUCCUGAUGUUCGACUAGAACUAAACUCAGUAUUGCAUGACAUCGCUCAGUCGCUGAAGGGAAAAGAUUCUGAAAGUGCAAAAUCAGGUUCCAAAAGGAAACGUUCCCAGAAACAUAUUUUAAAUGCCAUCAAAUAUGUACGUCAACUUUACUAUACAUGUCCCACUGAGGCUGUCUCUGUUCUUUUGGAGUUUUGUCAGCUCGAUGCCCCAGAAAUCUCUGAAAACAGCGAUAUACAUCAAUCUGAUAGUUUGGAUGUGAAUCACUCAUCUGAUGUUCAAAUUCAGAAUCAAAUAUCAAAUGGAGAUAUGAAAACCAUUAUAACAAAACUAUCAGAAAAAGAACCAAGAGUGCUUCUUGGCUUACUAAAGUCGGUAAUUGAAAUGAUUGAGGCCAGGAACGACCUUGAACACAAAGGUGGAUCAUAUGUAUGCCUGCCAGCUGAGUCAUCAACAAUGAAAAACUUGUGCUCCCUGGUUCUAUGGAUUGUCACAAGCAUAAAAGAGUUAAAGGAUUCCGGCCGUAUUGGACUUGUCCACGAGAUAGGAGUACUCUCUUCGGACAGGAAUGCGGUCCCUCGUUUCUGUCUCGCAAAACUUCUGCAGAAGUUAUUGAGUUUGCCCGCUAUAGGUGAAAGAUGCAUUGCAGAUGCAGCACUAUUGCUGAUUGAGAUGGUCGGCAAUAAUAACAUGAAGGAGAAACUGAGGAAGCUUCCUUUGUUGUCCCUGCGAAGGUCACCGAAAGAUACCCUCCUUGAAUCCAGAAUCUUGUCCAAUGGACAAGAAUCGGUUGAAAGCGCAACACAGAAGUUGGAAGCGUUCAAGUUGCAGUUGAGAAAACCAGAUAAUGCGAGUUUAGCUGAAAAUGGAACUGAGGGAACGCUUAACACAAGCAUGCCAGAGAAACGUAAUAGGUGGUCUAUAGCGAAGUCCUGGACCCCCUGUCCGCUAGGAAUGAUACCUUGUUCAUAUAGUUCAACUGCUGUUCUUCCCGUCCUUGAUGUCAUUGAUGAUGAACUGAAGCAUGACACAGCAGAACAUGGAAGUUUUGAGCCUGAUGGUCAGAUUGAAAUUUUCGACUCUUAUUCUUACCCUGAGCAGCAGUUGGAUGGUGAAGGCAUCCUAGAAAUAUCAAGAUCGCCACCUGAACAUGGGAUUUCUGAUAUGCCAGAAAUGGCCUCUGGUCUCAGGGGUACAUUACUGGUUGGUGGCGUGUGGAAAAAGCUGACCGAAGAAGAGUUGCUCUCCAUAAAGUCAAGCAUGAAAAUUUUGUUGUAAUAUUGGCUAGUUAUUCUCCCCUCAUUAGUAAAAUAUUUCUCUUCUGUAAACGAUCAAACGUUAGCUUUUACUGGGGCAUGACAAAACCCUCUUUAAUCAGUUUUGCUCAGUUUCUUCACUAUUUUAGAUAACAGAGACAAUUUUUUUCUUUGACCUGAAUUGAGAUUUUGUUCUGUUA